AUGCAAGUUGGUUCGAUCGACUCCUCCCGUUUGGCACCACUUCUUCACGCAAUCUCAAUGCCAUCCGAAUUGUACCCAUUCCCACAAACGUACCCGACCAUUCGUCUACCAUCACUCGCACCUCGCUUACCCACACUUCCAAGUCUCAUGACCACACUUGCGGCACAAGGAAGUUAUACUGGUUCAUCUAGUAAUUUAUCACCAUCAAAUACGUCGUCAUCGAUCUCAUAUAUCUUAAAUCCACCAACUCGUCAAGCGGUCGAAGUUUCACACCACAUGAUUCAACACCAAUUGUACCUCCCAACUUCUUCAUCUAAUGUGGUGUACCAUCCUUACAGGAAUACUGUUCCGUCAGUACCUAGUUCCAUGCAAUCAACUGAGACCAAGACGCAACCGAAGAAGAAACGUAAGACACGCAUUUGUAAGUCUGAAGGUUGUGAAAAAUACGUGGUAGACCGUGGAUUGUGUAUCCGUCAUGGUGGUGGUAAGCGUUGCUCUGUUGAGGAUUGCAAUUGCCGAGCGCAAAAUCGUGGUUUGUGUUGGAAACAUGGUGGGUACACACGCUGUACCGUGGAAGGAUGUACAAAACGUGCCAAAUCACGUGGCAUUUGUUGGUCCCAUGGAGGUGGUACUCGCUGCAAGCAUGGUGGAUGUUCCAAAAUUGCCGUCUCACAUGGAUUGUGCUGGGCACAUGGUGGUGGAAAACGUUGUUUAGUGGAUUCGUGCCAUAAACCUGCGUACGAACGGAAUGGUAACCUUUGUGCUGAACACGGUUCACAACGAACUCAAAGGGAACAAACGACAGCUGCAUUUACACUUGUCACGAAUUAA